GCUCCCCCAAUCAGGCCGGUGAUGUUCAGCGGUGGCAGCUAAGCCCACUUGCCCAUGGUGGGAGGCGAGGGCGGGCCCCAUUUGCUGGGGCAGGGGAUGAGACCCAGAGUGGGCAGGGGCCUUGGGCCCUGUCACACAGCCGGCGAGCGGGGCCCAGGUUUGUCCCAGGUCUGUCCCAGGUCUGUGCAGCUCCAGGCUUCGUGCUGCCAGCAUGAGAGGAGGUGGGCAGGCAGCGGCAGAUGUGGGAGCCUCAGCCCUCGAGGUGUGGGUGGAGGGCUUGGGGCAGAGAAGAGGCCAGAGAGUCGGGACACCCAGUGGUACAUUUGGCCUCCAGGGCCGGGUCGGUCAGGGAGGGUCUCGGGGCAGGGCCCCCAGCAGCUAUGGCCCUAUAACUUGGGCCAUGCCCAAUGUGGACAGAUGGGAGGGCAGGGGUACCCCCACCCACACACACACCAGAGCCAGGGGUUCCUGCUGGCCUGGGGGAGGCUCGACCUGGAGGAGGAGGGGACCUAAGACAGUGGCCCGUCCACGCGUGCCCACGGGCCCACGGCUCAGAGGGGUAAAUAAUUGAAGGCAGGUCACACGAACCUGCCCGCGUCACAGGAUGCCUUCCCCCGGGUCUGGUUACGCCCCAGAUCGCAUUCUGACAUCACUGGCUGGUGAAUAAUUAAGCUGCCACCUCCUCCCCGGCCACCACCACCAGCAGGCCCUCUGUAUCCAGAUCUCAUUCUGCAGCUUUCUUUGCUCGCUCCCGAGCUGUGGGCUCUGGAGGGGACCGACCCUCUGUGCUCCCGGCCCUGCCAGCACCUCCAGCCUCCCGACCAGCAGCCAGCUUGCAGCCCACCCCAUGGCCCCCGAGAUGGACCAAUUCUAUCGGUCCACCAUGGCCAUCUACAAGAGCAUCAUGGAGCGGUUUAACCCCGCCCUGGAGAACCUGGUGUACCUCGGGAACAACUACCUCAGGGCCUUCCAUGCUCUGUCCGAGGCGGCUGAGGUGUACUUCAACGCAAUCCAGAAGAUCGGGGAGCAGGCCCUGCAGAGCUCCACCUCGCAGAUUCUGGGAGAGAUCCUGGUGCAGAUGUCGGACACGCAGCGGCACUUGAACUCUGACCUGGAGGUGGUGGUGCAGACAUUCCAUGGAGAUCUGCUACAGCACAUGGAGAAGAACACCAAACUGGACAUGCAGUUCAUCAAAGACAGCCGCCAGCACUAUGAGAUGGAGUACCGCCACCGAGCAGCCAGCCUGGAGAAGUGCAUGUCUGAGCUGUGGCGCAUGGAACGCAAGAGGGACAAGAAUGUGCGGGAGAUGAAGGAGAGCGUGAACCGGCUACACGCGCAGAUGCAGGCCUUCGUGUCUGAGAGUCAGCGGGCAGCUGAACUAGAAGAGAAGCGGCGCUAUCGUUUCCUGGCUGAGAAGCACCUGCUGCUUUCCAACACCUUCCUGCAGUUUUUUGGCCGGGCCCGGGGCGUGCUCCAGAACCGCGUGCUGCUGUGGAAGGAGCAGUCGGAGGCCAGCCGCAGCCCAUCGCGCGCCCACUCCCCGGGCCUGCUGGGCCCCGUGCUGGGGCCGCCCUACCCCUCGGGCCGCCUGACGCCCACCCGCCUGGACAUGCCCCAGAGGGCCCUGGCGGAGUUCGGCUCCCCCCGCAGCCGGCACAGCUCCGGCUCCUACGGCCCCGAGCCCGCCGAGGCGAGGUCCGCGUCUCAGCUGGAGCCAGACCGCCGGUCGCUGCCCCGGACGCCGUCCGCCUCUUCGCUCUACGCCAGCGGCACCGAGCGCUCGCGCUCCAACUCCUUCGGCGAGCGCCCGGGCGGCGGGGCCGGCGGUGGGGGUGCCCGCAGAGCCCGCGCCCUCGUCUCCCACUCAGAGGGCGCCAACCACACGCUGCUGCGCUUCUCGGCCGGAGACGUCGUGGAGGUGCUCGUGCCUGAGGCCCGGAACGGCUGGCUCUACGGCAAGCUGGAGGGCUCUUCCGCGAGCGGCUGGUUCCCUGAGGCCUAUGUGAAGCCUUUGGAGGAGGCGCCCGUGAGCCCCAUGAACCGCUUGAGCCCAGUGACCUCCGUGAACCCUAUGAAUGAGCUACCUUCCAGAUCCUACCCGCUCCGGGGCAGCCACAGCCUUGAUGACCUCCUGGACCGGCCGGGCAACUCGGCAGCCCCCUCGGAGUACUGGGACGCCCAGGCCCGCUCCCGAACGCCAAGCCGCGUCCCAAGCUGUGCCCCCAGCCCCACACCUACACCCUUGCCUGAGAGCCGCCGAAGCAGCACGGGCAGCCCGGGGGUGGCCGGUGACGUCAAGAAGCUAAUGUCCUGGGAACAGCACCCUCCAGAGCUCUUCCCCAGGGGCACGAACCCCUUUGCCACCGUGAAGCUGCGUCCCACCGUCACCAAUGACCGCUCGGCGCCGCUCAUCCGCUGAGGGGCUUCCUCGGACAAGGGUCAGAGGUCGGCCCCCCACACCUGCCCAGCGGCUGCCCGGAGCUGGCGGCGGCAGCAGCAGCGGAUCCGGAUCCGAGAAGCCGGGGUCCUGACACCGGGGGUGGCGGCCCCGCCCCGAACCGCAGCCGCAGAUUCAGCAGCUCCAAGGGGACUGGCCUGCGGUCUGGGACCUUCAAAAUAAAGCAGGCAGAAUUGAGGGACAGGACCGUUUCUUCCCCUCCAAGGGCCCCAGGACUCUCCCUGGGGGCCUACCUCGUGCAAACCCAACCCCCUUCCCCUCCUCUGCCCCUGUAGGGAGGAGCCCUGCGCACCCCCUUCCGGAACCCGCAUCUGUCCUCCUGUUUAACUUUCGUGAAUGGUGAGAAAUAAAGCAAGUGG